AUGUCCUCGGGUCCAGCCUACUUCAAGCUAGCUCCAGCUGAGCAGAGGGCUAAGUUCCUUAAGAUUUCCCAAGCCUGUGACGAACAUCUAGAUGAUGCUUACGGAGAGGUUCUAGAUUCUGAAUGGUCGGUUCUGGAGGCGUUGAAGAAGAACAAUGCUUUGAGGAACAGGUACUCCAAUGUCUUCCCUUGGGAUAAGACCAGGGUCCAGUUGCCAGUUCUCCCUGGAGCCCAAUCGGACUAUAUCAAUGCUUCAAAAAUAAGUCUAGGAAAGGGGUUCGACUAUAUUGCUGCCCAAGGACCGUUGGUGAAUACGAUUCCUCAUUUCUGGGCAAUGGCUUUCCACCAGGCAGAGUUGCAGAAGACCGAUACUAUAGUUGUGGCAAUGAUGACGCCGUUGGUUGAAGCUGGAAGGGAGAAGUGCUCGAGGUAUUGGCCCAAGGAAAAGAACGAAAUGUGGGACUUCACUGAGGUGCUUCGAACGGAUGGCAUUUCACCUGGUGAGCUCAAGAUCACAUUGAAGAGCACUGAACGCAUCCAUAACGGUGACCUUAUCUUCUCCCAGUUCACAUUGGAUUCUCCAACCACUUCAAAGACUGUUCUUCAUUAUUAUUUUCAGAAGUGGGAGGAUGCAAAGGUACCUGAGUCCAUGGACCCUAUCUUAGCUCUCUCAUUGGAGAUCAGGAAAGUCACCGAGAAAGACCCCCAGAUUGCUCCAAUCGUUCACUGCUCUGCUGGUGUAGGCAGAACAGGCACUUAUAUAGCUAUAGACUACUUGCUCAAUGGGCCUACCUUCUUUGCGCUGGACAUCGAAGACCCUGUUUACGAUGUUGUCACCAGGCUCAGAAGUCAGCGAAUGAUGAUGGUACAGACUGUCUACCAGUUCAUGUUUCUCUAUGGUGUGGCCAAGAGACUUUACGAGGAGAAGAUCAAGUCAGGUUGA